UUUCCAAAUAGGAUAGGUUUCCCUUCUAACCGGGUCACGGCACCCGACCAGCUUCGACAAAGGCAAGGAGCCGCCCUUUCCCUUCUCCAAAGAAAAAAAAUUUUUGCGGCGAUCCCCAGGGACCGAUGUCCGAUAGCGUCACCGACCACGUCGGAAACCUCGUCCGGCGGGUGUCUCGCCUUCUCAAUCGCAAGAUCUCCGACGUACUCAUGCUUCUCUUCAACCACAAGACGGCGGGGUCGCUUGGGGCGGUUGCCGGGUUCGCCAUCGCCGUGGUUUUCGCCUGGAGGUUCCUGCGGUCGCCGCCGGGCAGACCGGGAAGGAAUGCUCAGAAGCGGAGGAUUACUCCAUCGGCGAGUCAGCCGGCUGGUGGAGUUGGUUCCAGCUCGGAAGGGCUCGCGCCGCUGCUGGAAAUGAAGGAGCCUGAUGCCAUCGAGGCGAUCGGUGCUCCAGUUCAGCUUAGUCUUGGACAGAUUGUGAAGAAGAAAUUGAGUGGGUGCAGAAAGAUGACCUGCCAGUUACUUGGUGUGAUCCUGGAGGAAAAAAGUCCAGAAGAGCUUCAGAAACAUGCUACCGUUAGGCCCUCUGUGGUGGAAAUUCUUCUGGAAAUUACCAAAUAUUGUGAUCUUUAUUUGAUGGAAACAGUUCUUGAUGAUGAAAGUGAGGAAAGGGUUCUUUCAGCCUUGGAGAGUGCUGGGCUUUUCCAGUCUGGUGGCUUGAUCAAGGACAAGGUCCUCUUUUGUAGCACUGAGAUUGGGCGAACCUCUUUUGUUCGACAGUUGGAGGCAGAUUGGCAUAUUGAUACCAAUCUUGAUAUAAUCUCUCAACUAUCUCGAUUCAUCAGACACCAACUAUUUAUCUCACCAAUGGAACCGGGACAAAUAGCAGCAAACGUGUUCACUUCUACAAGUUUGGAGCAGUACUUCUCUUAGCUGGGAUGAAAAGGAAAGUGCUAUACAGUAAAUUUAAGUGGAAAGCUGGGGUAUCCCUUUGUUUUUUUUUUUGGUCCUUGGUACUGGCAAACGUUCACCUCGUUUUCCUGUUCUUUCGGCAUGAGUAUUUCAAUUUAUUUAGGCUGGCACAUGUGUAGAGGGAUCAACAGUUCUGUUAACGCACGUGGCUGCAACGCUGCCUAUGAUGUAAUUUUUUUUUAUUUUUAAAUUAUGUACAGUGCUGAACUUUGGAAAAACAAUGGUGAUGUCCUCUAAACUGAUGCUGUAUUCUGAUCUUCUCAAGACACUUCAGGAAAUCUCUGUACAA